GGCAGCUCCAACCGUCAGUCGACUGCCGUCAAGUGCAUCAUCGGCCGCUCAUCAGUCUGCCCCAUGUGUGACUUUUUUUCUGGCAUAUGUUGAAUGCUUCGGUGGCCCGAUGAGGUGAACGUCACGGCAAUUCAGCUUCGAUACCUGAGAUCGACGCACAGAUCCGCUCAUCUCGGGCAGAAUCUUGGAAGAUUCGCACACAAGAGACGCGGGUAGACAAAGUCUGGUACCAGCGUUUGGUUUGGUUUUGAGCCAUCACCCGGUAAAUUUACAAGUCCUGGUUCACAAACAAGGGAGAUUCCCAUCGGUUCCCGGGUUCGUUCGCAGGAUUGACCGAUCUAGGCAUCGCUGCCAGGCUGCGUCGUCGCACCGGCGGCAGAGCCUCCAAACCCCACAAAACAUCCACAAAUAUCCUCCCGCCCCCACACACAGCAUUCCAGGAACUGCUGGUGCGUCCCGAACCCCUGGGUCUUGGCCCCCCUGGGUCUCUGCUCUCCCGUCCAGCCCGUCGUCUCUGCCGGGUUUGAUCGCAGGGUUAGCACUUGUGCGUACUGUGUAUGAUAGACACGUCCCCCCGGCCACAGUCGAGACAGCACAACACCUCCCUCGACCCUGUGGCGGUGAACAGCAGCAACAAGGGACACUGUCGGACAGGAUGACCCCAGAGGACAUCGAGGAGCUGUUCAGGCGCACCGACGGCGUGGUCGCCGUCGUGCAGCAGCAGCAACAGGAUGCUGGUGAUGAGGAGGACGACGGCGAGGAACCCGGGCUGACCGCAGACGAGACAAGCUACCGGGUUGCUCGGCUCAAGGACGUCCUGCUCGAGGCUCAGGCUGCCUGGGACAGCGGUUCCGAGGAUCUGGACCGCAUUGCCGAGAAGCUUGGUGAUGGGAGCCGGCAACCCCUGUGGCGACUGCCAAUUGGCGAAUCAGGUCUCCUGGAUUUCUUCCUCGGCAUCCUCCCCACGCCCGACUUGAGACCACGGCUCACGACCCAUGCCCUUCGCUUGAUUGGUAACUCAUGUGCAGACACAGAUGAAAAUAGAGCCCGCAUCGUGGAGGGCAACCAUGUCAAAUCUAUCUCAGACCUCCUUCAACAUGACUCUUUACUACCAUAUGUCAUCACAGUCUUGUAUAAUGUCUUGGUAGACUAUGAACCUGUCCAGCUGCAGGCCUCUGAGGCUGGUCUCAGCCACCGGCUGAUAGAUCUCCUUGACGGGCCUCGACUCGAGAAGGCCCGUCCCUUGAUCGGCCUGAUAUGCAAGGUCCUCGCCCUCCUCAUCACGCAGGAGCCCGAGGCCCGCAUCGGAUCACCAGAGACACCGCGUGUCCUCCUCAGCAUUGCCACCGACCGGGAACAUGCCGUCGAAGCCGAGGACUUCAGCGCCCUCACCUCCGUGGCACUGGCCUACCUGACCCACGAGACCUUCCAGACGAGCAACAUGGCCAGCGUCCCUCUCCUGCUAGAGGCAUUCUCCAUGGCCCACACGACUUUCGACCCAUCCGAAGCCGAGGACGACCCCGAAGCCGCCGCGCAGCUGAAGCAAGUCCGCAGCGCCUUCGUCCCCGUGCUCGCAGACAUCUCGGCCCUCCCAGGCUUCAUCCCCAUGCCGGCCCAGGGCGCAGACCGGUCCCAGCUGCUCCAGCACCCCGUCCUCGAGACCCUGCAGGGCUGGCUGCGCAGCCCGCCCGAGCAAGCCACGCUGCAGUCAGCGGCGUGCCUGGCGCUAGGCAACGUGGCCCGCAGCGACGCGACGUGCGAGGCCCUCGUCGGCGGCGCGGCCAUCCACGAGCCGCUCAUCGAGCUCCUGGCACGCUGCACGGGCAGCGGCGGCGGCACGGCAACAGCAGCAACGACAACGCCGGCGACGCCCAACCCGCAGCUCACGCACGCGGUCAUCAGCUUCCUCAAGAACCUCGCCAUCCCGGCCGCCAACAAGCCCGCGCUGGGCCCCCUCCUGGAGCCGGGCCUGCUGCCCAAGCUGUGGUCCACGUGGGGCGACACGCAGCCGCAGUCGCAGUUCGCGGCCGUCUCGCUGGGCCGCCUGCUGCUGGUGGGAUGCCCGCCGAACGUGGGCAGGCUGUGCAGGCCGCUGCCGGGCGGCGACGGUGAUGCGCCUGGUGGUGAUGAUGGCCACGCCCGCACCGAGAAGACCAGCCUGCACGUCCUGCUGGGCCUCUUCCAGCGAAGCGACGUCGAGCCGACCAAGACGGAGGUCGCGCGGGCCGCGGCGAACGUGUGCCGGGCUCUGCACUCCGCGCCGGUCGAGUCUGUCCUUUCGGAGGAGUGGGAAGAAGACGACAACGACAACACCACCACCACCACCACGCAAGAAACAGCCCCUGCUAGUACUGCCACAAGCACAGAAGAAACCCGCCGCGCAGGCUUCUACGCCGCGCACACCCCCGCCCUGCCCGCGGCCCUCUCCCUCCUCCUGACCCAGACGCGCUUCCCCGCCCUGCGGUCCGAGGCCUGGUUCGUCCUCGCGCUCGCCAGCCGGCGCUCGGCGCCCGGGGCCCGCCUCGCGUGCGCGGUGCUGGAGCCCGCGGGCGCGUGCCGCGCCCUGGUCGAGGCCGUCACGGGGCGGCAGGACGUCUCGGACGGGGACGACCUGCUGCUCGCGGCGUCGUCGCCGUCGCCUGGUGGUGGGGACGCCGGCGCCGUGGAGGAUGUGCUCAGCAACAGCGUCGGGGCGGCCCAGGCCCAGGCCGGCGGCGAUGGUGUGAGCCUCGGGAUGGAAGGGCUGGGCCUUGGGGACCUGCAGCCGCGGCAGGCGGAUCCUGUUGCGAGGGCCGGUAUGGCGCGUGUCGACCGGGAGAACGCGCUGUGCCUUGUUGCUGAGCUGGUGAGGGAUGGCGGGGCGGCGGCGGGCGCUGGGGCGGUUGACCAGGCGAGGAGGGCGGUCUACGAGAGGCUUGUGGUCACGGGCGGGGAGUUGGUGUUGAACUCGAGGGGGGAGGGUGCUGGUGCCUGA